AUGCUCGGUGCUAUAAAGUCUAGAGUACCAACUGGUGCAAGACGAGCUAUUCUUUCUUCGUUGACUCAUAAUAACGGAAUCAAGCGGAACACUGCAAUAGCAGCAUCUAUAAGUUGCAUGAGACCAUAUAGCAAUGUACAAACUUCAUUACUUCGAUCAAAUGUGUCAGAUAAACAGGCAGCAUUGAUUUUGGAUGGGGUUCGGGCAAAACCUAAGCUUAUGGCAUUACCUUUAAUUUCAACAAGGCAGUUUUCCACAUCUCGACCAUCAAGAAUCGAGAUGAAGAUGAAUCCAAAGCAAGCUGAACCAGCAUUGAAAAAAUAUGGUACAGAUCUGACAGAGUUGGCUAAGCAGGGAAAAUUGGACCCUGUGAUUGGCCGAGAUGAUGAGAUCAGGAGAACAAUUCAGAUUCUAUCGAGAAGGACAAAGAACAAUCCAGUUCUUAUAGGUAAUGCCGGUACGGGUAAGACGGCAAUUAUUGAGGGAUUAGCUCAAAGAAUCACAAAAGGCGAAGUUCCGGAAUCGAUGAAAGAUAAAAAGGUGAUAGCAUUGGACUUGGGAUCCUUGAUUUCCGGUGCAAAGUAUCGUGGUGAGUUUGAGGAGAGAUUAAAGCAGGUUUUAAAAGAGGUCAACGAAAGGGUGAUAUUGUUCAUUGAUGAGUUGCAUGUGCUUUUGGGCUUGGGAAAGAGCGAGGGAUCAAUUGAUGCUUCAAAUCUCUUGAAGCCAGCCUUGGCUCGCGGACAGCUUCAAUGCUGUGGUGCCACUACUAUUGAUGAGUACAAGAAGUACAUUGAGAAAGACACUACAUUGGCCCGUCGUUUUCAGUCGAUUCUUGUCAAGGAGCCUACAGUUGAAGAUACAAUUAGUAUAUUGAGAGGUUUGAAGGAGAAGUACGAAGUUCAUCAUGGUGUCAGAAUUCAGGAUAAUGCACUUGUGACGGCUGCGGUUUACUCCAACAGAUACAUCACGGACAGAUUCUUACCGGAUAAGGCCAUUGAUUUGGUUGAUGAGGCAUGUUCAGCUUUGAGACUUCAGCACGAGUCGAAGCCAGACAGUAUUCAGGAGUUGGACAGAUCGAUUAUGACGAUCAAGAUCGAGUUGGAGUCGUUAAGAAAAGAGACGGAUCCUGUCAGUAAGGAAAGAAGGGGAAAACUCGAGUCGAUGUUGAAGUCGAAAAAGGAGCAGUUAGGCAGAUUGACAAAGAUCUGGGAAUCGCAAAAGAAGGACCUUGAGGACAUCAAGGAGUUGAAGAAGAAGCUGGAGCAAUCGAGACACGAAUUGGAGACUAUGCAGAGAGAGGGUAACUUUGCAGAAGCUUCCAAGCUACAAUAUGCGACAAUUCCAUCGAUGGAGAAGAAGUUGAAUGAUUUGGUGAAAAAGCAAGACUCUGCUGCAAAGAAAGAUGAUGGUGCAGGUCCUCUUCUACAUGAAUCUGUUACUUCAGAUGAUAUAGCCAUGGUCGUUUCGAGGGCUACUGGAAUUCCAGUGCAAAAUAUGAUGCGUGGAGAGAAGGAUAAGUUGCUGUUUAUGGAAAAAGCGUUGAGGAAUCGCGUUAUUGGUCAAGACGAAGCAAUAACAGCCAUUUCUGAUGCCAUCAGAAUGCAGCGUGCGGGAUUGAUCAGCGAAAAACGUCCAAUUGCAUCCUUCAUGUUCUUAGGUCCAACUGGUACUGGUAAGACUGAGCUUACAAAGGCCCUUUCUGAGUUCUUAUUCGAUGAUGAGAAUGCAAUUAUCAGAUUCGACAUGUCAGAAUUCCAGGAAAAGCAUUCCGUUAUGAGGUUAAUAGGUGCUCCACCAUCGUAUGUGGGUUACGAAGAAGGUGGUGAGUUGACUGAGCAGGUGAGAAGAAGACCUUAUUCGGUUGUCUUGUUUGAUGAGUUUGAGAAGGCACAUCCAGACAUUUCCAAGUUGCUUUUACAGGUGUUGGAUGAAGGAACCUUGACCGAUUCUCAAGGUAAUCAUGUCGAUUUCCGUAAUACUUUGAUCAUCAUGACUUCGAACAUUGGCCAAGAUAUAAUGCUUUCGGAUCAUCCUGACAAGCAGAAGAUCGAGGCCUUGUUAAAGAGUACUUAUCCACCGGAGUUUAUUAACAGAAUUGACGAUGUUGUGAUUUUCAACAAGUUGUCACAGAAAGCUCUUAGAAGAAUCGUCGACUUGAGGGUUAAGGAAAUCCAACAGAGACUUGAUGAUAGGAGAAUUGUACUAAAGCUUACAGACAAAGCUAAGGACUGGCUUGCACAAAAUGGAUACGAGCCUCAGUACGGUGCAAGACCUCUUAACAGAUUAAUUAAAAGAGCAUUGUUGAAUCCAAUGUCAAAGAUGAUUCUCACUGGUGAUAUCAGAGAUAAUAUGGAGGUGACUGUUCAUGUUGAGAAGAACAAGUUGGCUCUGAAGGCUGAACCAAAAAAAAAGGAAAAUGGUGACAGCGAUGGAAAGAAGGAUGAAAAGACUGCGGACAAGCCGAAAAACUGA